UCACGUCUACAAAACCUGGAACAUAAUGGAAGUAACGAUGAUCAUAAAGGAGAUAUGCCUAGGAAUUUUUCUUGCUCAGAGAGUUUGGGGAGUAUCAGCAUUGACAGUCCCUCAAAUAAAACCAUCAUUGGUGGGAAUGUGACACUGGUGUGCUACUCAAAAACUGGUUGCUUGCCAAUUAACUACACACUGUUUUUUAAAAAAGAAGCACUACGUUAUGCAACAACAAACAAGAUGGAAGAAAGGGCUGUGUUUAACUUCACAAUCACGUCUGCCAAUAAUCUGGGUGAAUAUAAAUGUAAAGCUCAAAACAACAAUGGAUGCAAAUACAGCACUGGGUUUAACUUUGCAUUAAGAGUGGCGGAAGAGAAGAAGAAUUUGGCAGUGUACAUUGUGCCUCCCCUGUUGCUGUUGCUGGUAGUUAUAGGUGUAGCAGUUCCAUUACUGAUUCUUCCUUGGUGUAAAGCAAGAAAACUGACUACAGACAGCACACCAACUGAUUUCGUUCCAACUAGUUGUCCAAGCCUAGAAAACUGUGCAACUUAUGAUACUGUAUAUGAAGAAAACAUUACAUAUUGCAAAUUGAAAUUUAACACCAAGAAGGAAGACUGCAGAAAUGUGAUCCUUGAUGACAAUAGUGCUGUGGAGUACACAGAAGUUGUUAUCCAAAGAUAAAAAGGACUCUAGUCUGAUAUAAUUCUCUCAAGAUACUACAGCUGAGAUGACACAGCAGACUCUGGACUCCCCAAUCUGCUGUUCAGUUUUUAUUCAAAUUCCAUUAAGACUGACACAGCAGCAACAACGUAAAGGACAGCAACUUCAGUCCAUUUCUUCAUAGU